UUCUCACCUUCUAAUUAUUGCUCAUAUCUCACUUAUCUCUCUGCGACUACGUUCCAUCCAAAAACUAUGUUUCCGAGCAUGUUUCUCUGUUCCAACACUUCAAGGAAGAAAAAGAAGCAGCAGGAGAAGCUGGAAAGUUACCGCAGCGAGUUUCACGACUCAGUAGACAGUAACUUCGGCUUGUUCAGCUCAUUUCCGUUAAGCAAAGAUCCAGCGGUUCUCAAUCCAUCAAGAUUUUCUCUCCGAGCUCAUCACAUUCACAGGAACGGCGAAGUGAAACCGAAGAAGAAAGGAGAAAUGGCGAACAAAGUAUCGAAUUUCUCCGACCUAAUCCAACGCGUAGCAGCUUCUUGCUUACUCCAUCCACUCGCCGCCGGCAGACAAGAUUCCGGAAAUGUAGCCGGAAGCGACGAAAGCGAGGUCUACGAGUACGAAUCCGACGAGCACGAGGAGUUCGAAGAAGAAGAUGAAUUCGAAAUAGAGAAUAAAAAAGUGAAAAAAAGAGGAAAUAAUUUGAAUGAAAUGGUAACAAUAGAGAGACUAAUGGAGAUGGAGAUGCUUAUGAGUGAGGUGUUCGGUUCAGUUUCCGUUAUGAAAAGAGCGUACGUUAGUUUACAGGAGGCGCAUUGUCCGUGGGAUGCGGAGAGAAUGCGAGUUGCUGAUGCUGCAGUUGUUAGUGAGUUGAGGAAGUUAGGGUUUCUGAGAGAGAGGUUUAGGAGAUGUGUGAGCUUUUGUGUGAAUAAUGUUAAUGGCCGCGGAAGGAAGAAAUUCGGGGGUGGGGAUAAUUCGGGGUUGUUGAGGGAAGUUGUUGCGCCAUAUGAGGCUGCGGUUGAGGAGUUGAAGAAGGAAGUGAAGAAUAGAGAGAGUGAAGUAGAGAAUUUGAGAGAGAAGAUUAAGAAUCUUAGUACUAAUAUGAGUAGUGGUAAAAAAGGAAGGUCUUUCUCUAAAAGGAAAGUUAAUUGCAGUCUUGCUGCUCAAGUUGCAUUAGCUCCAGCGCCGGAUCUUUUUGAAGCGACAAUGAGCCAAGUGAAAGAGACAUCAAAGUCAUUUACUUCGAUUCUCUUGUCUCUGAUGCGCUCUGCUCACUGGGAUAUUGCUGCUGCUGUUCGUUCUAUUGAAGCAGCUGCGGCUACUACAGAUUAUGUUACCACUACUAACACUACUGCUAUUGCUUCGACUGUUGUGACUCAUCAUGCUAAGUAUGCUUUAGAGUCUUACAUUUCUCGAAAGAUCUUUCAGGGUUUUGAUCACGAGACAUUCUAUAUGGAUGGUAGCCUUUCGUCGCUUUUGAACCCUGAUCAGUUUCGUCGUGACUGUUUUAGUCAGUAUAGAGAUAUGAAGGCAAUGGACCCUGUUGAGCUUCUUGGAAUCUUGCCAACUUGUCAUUUUGGGAAAUUCUGCUUCAAGAAAUAUGUCACCAUUGUGCAUCCGAAAAUGGAGGAAUCAUUGUUUGGAAAUUUGGAGCAGCGGCAACAAGUGUUGGCUGGCAGUCAUCCAAGGAGUCAGUUUUACGGUGAGUUUUUAGGGCUGGCUAAAGCGAUUUGGUUGCUUCAUCUGCUGGCAUUCUCACUCGACCCUGCACCGAGUCAAUUUGAGGCGAGCAGGGGAGCUGAGUUUCAUCCACAAUAUAUGGAAAGUGUGGUGAAGUUUUCGGGCGGGAGAGUACCGGGUGGUCAGAUAGUUGGAUUUCCGGUUAGUCCUGGGUUCAAGCUUGGAAAUGGAUCGGUUAUCAGGGCUAGGGUUUAUCUAGUGCCUAGAACUUGAGUUGUUUUACUGUUGGUUUUAUAGGAAUAACAGAACUUUGUUCUAUUUGGAGUGUGACAUGAAUACUGAAGCAGCUCCUAAAGUCUCUUGCUGGUUUAAACUUGUUUGUUAAGGUUCUAUGCCGAUCAUCUGUACCAUAUAGAGCAGCCUGUCGGGUGAAAAUAUUAAUUGUUUACUGGUGUCUUCUCUCGAGUUAAGUGUAAGCAUAUAUCAACUUUGUACUCUUUCAGGAAAUAACAUAGUACUUCUCUAA